AUGGUCGUGGAGGUCGCUCACUUGCUUGCAGGUGAGACUACGCCUAGCGUUCACUUGCUGACACUCAACUCUCACCUGUGGCUCCACGUAGCUGGGCUCUGCUCAGCGGCCACACCCCGGGCAACCGUCUCGACCGGCGGGCUAAACCAGGUGAGGGGGCCCUGUGCGCUGUGCCGUGUGCACAGGGUUUGCGGAUUCCGCUGGAUGGAAGGUCGGAUGGAACCUUGCGUCGGCACCGUCGUGACGUGGUUCGUCUCUGCACGCCGCUGGAUAGCCGGUGACGGGAUGGAUCUCCACAUCGACAUCGCCUUGACGCGCCCACCUACGCCGUCGGAGACCGCGGCUUACGGCGAAUUCGAGCCGCUCUCCACUACAACCAGAGGUCGUGGCACCAUAGUGGAGUUCGGCCGUGCCACAACGGCACAUGGCAGCCCUAUUCAGGGGUGGCACUGCCAGCCCCUACGAGGGGAAGGGCCUAGAAAAGGUGGCCUAAACAUUGCUGGGCACCACGCCGUCUGCAGGCUAGCCAGGGCCGCAGACGGAUAAACAUGGUCGAAACAAUCAAAAUCGAAACAACAACAAUACCUAUAAGAACAACAACAACAACAAUACUCGCUCACCUCCUCAUCCUACCUCUUCUUUCUCUUCCUCUGCCUAUUCUUCUCCUUCGCCAUCCACUUCUCCCCCUCCUUCCCGUCGCCCCAAUCGUUGUCACCAGACUGGCAGGGUGAGUCCGCUCACUCUGGCAGCCUGGAAUGUUCGUUCCCUUUUAGGCAAGCCGAGGAGCAACCGACCGGAACGGAGGACGGCGCUAGUGGCACGAGAACUGGCCCGCUACAAGGUGGACAUCGCCGCACUCAGCGAGACCCGAUUCUCCGAACAAGGCCAACUGGAGGAGGCGGGGGCCGGCUACGCCUUCUUCUGGAGCGGUCGACCCAGGGCAGAGCGACGGGACGCGGGUGUCGCCUUCGCUAUUCGGAACGAAAUCGUGGGACGACUGCCCUGUUUGUCGCAGGGCAUCAACGAUCGCCUGAUGAGCCUCUGUCUGCCUCUCUGGGGAGGCAAAUUCGCCACCAUCAUCAGCGCUUACGCUCCGACGAUGACCAACCCCGACGCCGUCAGAGACAAAUUCUACGAGGACCUGCACGCCCUCUUGGCGACUGUGUCGAGGGCGGACAAGUUGAUUGUCCUUGGUGACUUCAACACCCGCGUCGGCACAGACCAUACUGCCUGGAGAGGAGUGCUGGGUCCCCACGGUCUCCGCGGCUCAAAUGACAAUGGUCUGCUGCUUCUCCGCACCUGCACAGAACACCGCCUCAUCCUGAAGAACACGUUCUUCUGUCUGCCGGAGCGAGAGAAGGCCACCUGGAGGCAUCCUCGGUCGCGCCAGUGGCACCUGCUGGACUAUGUCCUCGUCCGGAGGCGAGAUCAGCGGGACGUGCUGGUGACGAAGGCGAUCGCGGAUGCUGACGGGUGGACCAACCAUCGCCUCGUCAUCUCGAAGAUGCGUAUUCGCCUACAGCCUCGCAGGAGACCACAAGGUAAGCGACCCCCAGGUAAGCUGAAUGUUGCCUUGUUGUCUUUGCUUGCUCACCAUCUUCAUUUCAACAAUGAGCUAGCUCAAAGACUAGACAACCUUCCUAUCGCUGCCGCCGACGCCGCCGCUGCCGAGACCGCCUCCGUGGAGAACCGCUGGCGUCAACUGCAAGACACGGUCCAGUCGACGGCGCUCGCCGUCCUCGGUCGCGCUCCCCGCCAACACCAGGACUGA